AUGAACGCUUGCAUUUCCCAGGUUAAGGAGAACCGCAGUGCUGCCGUACGGCUGUCGCUUCUGCUCUCGGGCAUCACGGUCUCGCUGGCCGAGAAAUACAAGGAUGGUGCCGACGUAAAUCGACAAGUGCGGAUGUUUAGGAACAACACGGUCCCUUACAUCAUCGGUCUUAUCGACGAGUGUUCCGGGUUACGCAUCGUUCAGCGGAACAACGCUAAGUUGCUGUAUGACAGGCUGCAAGAGGGGGAACGGGAGCUGAAGGAAUGCAUCGACGUUCUGGAUGUUGUUCUCCCUGAACCUUGCACCGACGGUUUGACCAAGUUUAAGGCCGAACAAGAGGGACAGAUCUCCAGCCAAGAGCCGCGCACGUUCGCAGCGGCCGUGGGCUCCUCCUUCAGCAGGAUCUUGGGGCUGGUGACAACAGCUGGUGACCGAGUGUUCAAGAGUCCGGCAGACAAGCGAGAGGUGAUCGACCUGGUGUUUAUGUGCGACGUGACGGGCGGCAUGGCGAACAGUGGUUGCAUGGAUAAGGUGAAGGAUCGAAUCGAAGAAGUGGCGCGCAGCACCCGCACGAUCUUGGAAGAGCGAGCCGGACUACUCCGCGUGGGGAUGGUGGCCUACCGGGAUCUCUGGGGCGGCGAGGAGCCGAUGUUGGAGAUCGAGGAGCUGACUCCAUGUGUCGGUCGGGUCAUGAGCCACGUACGACGGCUGGUUCCGACCGGAGGCCUAGACGUGGCGGAAAACGUGCUCGGAGGGCUUGAAGCGGUGGUGAAUAUGCAGAGUUGGGAAGACUACAACAAGAAGGUUCUCGUGCACUUCGCGGAUGCCCCAUGCCACGGCUCCGAGUACCACAACCUCCAGCCCAAGGACGACCUGCUGCACGACAUGAGCAAAUACCAAGAAAAGUGCGGAACGAACAGCCUGCAGAAAGCUAUCAAGCGUCUGGCACAGGACAAAGUGAAGUACAUCUUCGUCAAGAUGAACAACUCCACGGACAAGAUGAUCAGCAAAUUCAGAGAGAUGGCGAAAAAAGAAGACUUUCUUACUGAGGUUUUGAUGGCGGACUCCACGCUGACUGCCAAAAUCGUGCAGACCAUGGAUAUCGACCGUACCAAUCUGGUUCCCUUCUGUGACGCUACCAAUGUGUGGCCAGCCAACUCCACCUCAAGGGGCUAUCCAAUGGCUGAUGUAGCUGCGGACGCUCCCAAUCCGGCAAGUACAGGUGCCCACUGUGCCUGCCAACGAGAGCAUCACCUCUCCCGUUGACAUCACGACGCCGCCACCGAGGUACAAUCGUGCCACCCCCUCGUCGUCUGGCACGACAACCCCUUCUACAUCGGUUGCUGCGCUCCAUCAGCCUUUUCACCAACAAGGUGCCACUCCCUGGUCGUCUGGCACGGCAACCCCUUCUACACCACCGGUUGCGCUCAAUCGGCCUGUUCGCCAACAAGCCCCCCACAAACAGCCGCCGCGUCGGUGGCCGCCCAGAGACUGCUGAACCGAUUCCACUCAUAGUCGUGGGUCGCUUUUUUACGGACGAGGUGCAGAGUACCAGCACAUAUACAGAACGCGCCACCGCUUGAGAGCCUCCAAUUUUUCCCGAGGCCGGUUUCUUAUUUUUCCGUGGGGCAGCCAAUCUAUCUUUGUAGAGGUUUUAGUGUACGCGUCGGAAGGGAGCACAUGUUCGUUUGGGCACGUACUUAUAUUUUUGGUGUUUUGAGGCUGAAGUUCUUAAGCGGAUGCUGACAACCGAUCUUGGAUUUGCUUGUUUCGAAAUAGAGCGAAUGAGCACCUAUUUAGCAAUCUCACACAGGAUACACCAGACCAGCAGGAAGGCGCUGGGCACGAAAAAGCUUCGUUGGUUCUCGCGUAGGGCGGUAGUGGAAGCUUCUCUCUGCAUACAAAUCACGGGAUCUACCUCUUGUUGAAAUCAAGAUAAAAAUUCCACCGGUCUACGAUCAGGUCGAAACAGCCAAAAGCGGCGCACGCUUAAGUAAGGCCUACCGUCGUGGGUAGGCUGUUGCUAAGGAUUCAAUCAGUAGAGGACACUCUGGAGAACCGGUUGUAAUUUAGGUGAUAUCGAGGGUCGUAGCAGCGGCCUAGAUUAUUCUCUGCACAUUGACAAAUUG